AUGUUCUUUGCACCUGUCUUUACCUUUGCUCGUGGUUGGAAUGGUAACGCCCAUGUGUACUACCUUAACGAAGGAAAUCCUUGGGAAGGUACUCGGAAAGGUAGUGCAUCCCACAUUCUUGAUGUCGUGUAUCUCUUCCAGAACUUUCGCGAAUUCUUGACCGCUGAUCAACAAGAAGUGGGAAUUGCGUUUGCGGAGGAUAUCUUCAAGUUCUGCCAUGGUGUCUCACCAUGGCCAGCCGUGACUAUGGGGGAUUUUGACAAAGGAUUCUCAGCCCGGUUUUAUGGAUCAGGCGAUGAAAGAGUGCCUAAAAGAGUUGUAACCCAGCCUUAUGGCGAUGAAACUAUGCGCAGAGAUGUUUUGCAUAGUCUUGCCGCACGAGUGAGCUUAGAGGAUUUGGCCAAGGUGUUUAUGGCAUUCAAAACGGCUGAGUGA